AUGUUUGAUUAUGACUAGAAGGAAUUCUAAGAAACUAUUAAAAUGAAAUGUAAGGAGAGAGAAGAUCAAAUCAUAAAUCAAUAUAAUUAAGUAUUAUUUAGAUACUAAGCAGAAUGUCAAGAAUAUAUUAAAAAUCUAAAAUAAUAAUAUGAAAAAGACUAAGAAAAUUUUAAUUAAUAAUUAAUAAAGAAGUUAAUCGAACUUAAGUUAAUUGUGGAUAAUGAAAAAAAAAAUCUAUAAUUAAAAGAAGAUUUUGAAAAAGAGUAAUAAAAAAAUCAAUUAUCUGAGAAAUUCAUUUAGGAAAAUAACAAAUUAAAGAUGGAAUUAAAUGAUCUAAAAAAUAAUUUUAAUAAAAAAGUUUCGAUAAAGGUGUAAGAAGAAUUGAAUAAAAAUAAAUAAUAUAAGGAUGAAAUUGAGGCGCUCACUUAAAAGUUUGAAAAUACUUUCAAUCAACUUAGAUAAAAAAUCUUAAAAUAAUAAAACAUUAAUUCCGAAAUGAAUGAAGCUUUACAAAAUUUAAAAAAUGAGUAGAAUAACUAGAAUAACUCUAAUGAAGAGAUUAAAAAAUCAAAAGCUUAAAUUUAAGAAUUAUAUCUAUAAGGGCAAGAAGAUAUUAAAUAAUUGAAACAAAAAUAUAAAACUGAUAAAUCUGAUUUAGAAUAAAAAAAUAAGAAACUUGAGGAGUAAAACCAAAGGCUUUAAGAAAAGCACAAAUAUUUUGUUAACUAAAGUAUUUAACAACAAAAAAAGCUCAAUGAAACUGAAGAUAAUUUGGCUAAAGCCAAGAGUAAUUUUUAAGAUUAAGAGAUUUAACAAAAAAAAAAACUCAAAGAAAUUGAAGAUAGUUUGGCUAAAGCCAAGAGUGAUUUUUAAGAUAAAGAGUAAGAGCUUUUAAAAUAAAAACGAAUAUUUGAAGAUGAAAAAUCUAAAUUAGCUGAAGAUUUAUAAAAGCAAAAUAUUGAGAAUAAUAAGAAGAUUGAAGAAGAGAUUAGAAAAACCGAAGAAAAUUAUGAGAAAUAGCUUUAGAGCUAAACAAAAUAAUUUGAAAAAAAAAGAUCAGAAUUAGAAAUAAAUCUCAAGAAAGCUGAAGAAGAGGGAAGAAUAGCCAAAGAAAAAAUGAAAGAAGCCCAAGAAUUAGAAAGCAAGGCAAAAGAAAAUUUAGAAAAAAAAUAGGAAUAGAAAGAAAAAUUAGAAAAAGCUAAAUAAGAAUUAGAAAAGCAAGUUCUUGAACAUACUAAAGAUGCAUAAGAAUAGAAGAAUUAAACCAAAAUUAUUAAAGAAGAGAAUUAACAAUAGCUAGAAAAACAGUAAAAAGUAAUAUCAGAAUUAGAAAUAAAUCUCAAGAAAGCUGAAGAAGAGGAAAGAAUAGCCAUAUAUAAAAUGAAAGAAGCCCAAGAAUUAGAAAGCAAGGCAAAAGAAAAUUUAGAAAAAAAAUAGGAAUAGCUAUAAAAAUAGAAAAAAAAAUUCCAAAUAGCAAAAUAAAAAUAAGAAGAAAAUGCUUAUUAAAUAUAACAAUAGCGAGAUAAUGAAAAUAAAAAAAUAUAAGAAUAAUUAGAGUAGAAAAACAAAGAAGAUUAAGAAUAAUAUUAGGAAAAGAUUUAAAAUUUAACAGAACAAUACUAAGGAAAAGAGAAGGAAUUAUAAAAAGUUCAAGAAAAUUUGGAUAUUCAAGCCAAAGAGUUUAAAUAAUAGAAGAUCGAAGCCUAAAAAAUUUUUGAAGAAAAGGAAAAAUAGAUUUAGCAAAUGUAACAAGAAAUUUCUGAGUAACAAUAAUUAGUAGGAUAAGCAUAAGAAGAGGUGAAAAAAGUAAAAAUAUAGAGUGAAAAAUAUUAAAAGGAGCUUUAACUAUUAUAAUAAAGAUUUGAUAAAGAAAUUUCGGAAUAAGAAUAAAAGAUCAAGGAAGCUGAAUAAUAGAUGAAGAAAGCCAAAGAAAGUUAAGAUAAGUAUAAGGAGAAGCUUAAAAUUAAGGAAAAAGAAAAAUCUGAUAUAGAAAAAUAACUUGAAAUAUCCAAACAGGAGGAAGAGAAAGCCAUAGAAAAAACCUUAAGUGUUUAGUAAGAGAUGGAAAAAUAUAAAGAAAUUCAAGAAAAGUAUUAGGAAAGACUUAAAAUUUAGAAUGAAGAAUUCCAAAAAGAAAAAUCUGAUUUAGAAAAAUAACUUGAAAUAUCCAAACAGGAGGAAAAGAAGGCUUAAGAAGAAUAUUAAAAGUAUAAGGAAUAACUUGAAAUAUAAAAAGAAUAAAAAUAAGAAGAAAUACUUAAAUUAGAAGAAAAACACCUAUAUGAAAUCUCAAAUGAAGAUAUUGAAAAUUAAUUAAUAUAUGAAGAAUAGGAAAAGAAAGACAAAGAAUAACAAUUAAAAUAGAGAAAAAAUUCAGAUUUUAUAUACAUAAAUGACAAUAUUAAAACAUAAUUAGAAGAUAUUAAAAAGAAAGUGAUGAUGACUAAUUAGUAAUUGGUUAAUUCAAAUGAAGAAUUAAUCUUAACUUUAAAAAUAAAUUGUAAUAAAUUAAAAUAUUAAAUUUAGAACUAUUGCCAAGUGGGAACAGUAAUUUUUUAAAAGAAUACCAAUAGAAAUAUUAAUGA